ACUCCAAUGGGCGGCGCCGGGGCGACUUGCUGUUCCCAGCGGCCCGUGCGUCGGCGGUGGUUGGGUGGUAAGAUGGCGGCUGUGAGUCUGCGGCUCGGCGACUUGGUGUGGGGGAAACUCGGCCGAUAUCCUCCUUGGCCAGGAAAGAUUGUUAAUCCACCAAAGGACUUGAAGAAACCUCGCGGAAAGAAAUGCUUCUUUGUGAAAUUUUUUGGAACAGAAGAUCAGUGAGUAGUACUCACCAGGAGUCUCCCUUCGCCUUUCUUUCUGUGUUACCUGGAGUCUGAGCUGCUUUGAAAAUAUUCUAAGGAUCCUUAGUUCAGUCUUCUUAUAAUGUAUAAUACUGGCAUCUCAUUCUGCCUUCAUACCUAAAUAAAGAUAGACCCAGCCCCAUUUCUCUAUCACAAGCCAGCUUAGCAGCCUGUGGUGGCAGUAUUUCAAGGAGAUCGCUGGCCUGGAGCUGUGGAGCCAGAGCUUCUGGAAGAGGGAAUGUUCUUAGAACUCCAUGGAUUUAAAAAGAAGAUUUGGCCGGGCAUGGUGCCUCAGGCCUGCAAUCCCAGUACUUUGGGAGGCCAAGUGCCUGGAUCAAAGUGGAACAGCUGAAGCCAUAUCAUGCUCAUAAAGAGGAAAUGAUAAAAAUUAACAAGGGUAAACGAUUCCAGCAAGCGGUAGAUGCUGUCGAAGAGUUCCUCAGGAGAGCCAAAGGGAAAGACCAGACGUCAUCCCACAAUUCUUCUGAUGACAAGAAUCGACGUAAUUCCAGUGAGGAGAGAAGUAGGCCAAACUCAGGUGAUGAGAAGCGCAAACUUAGCCUGUCUGAAGGGAAGGUGAAGAAGAACAUGGGAGAAGGAAAGAAGAGGGUGUCUUCAGGCUCUUCAGAGAGAGGCUCCAAAUCCCCUCUGAAAAGAGCCCAAGAGCAAAGUCCCCGGAAGCGGGGUCGGCCCCCAAAGGAUGAGAAGGAUCUCACCAUCCCGGAGUCUAGUACCGUGAAGGGGAUGAUGGCCGGACCGAUGGCCGCGUUUAAAUGGCAGCCAACCGCAAGCGAGCCUGUUAAAGAUGCAGAUCCUCAUUUCCAUCAUUUCCUGCUAAGCCAAACAGAGAAGCCAGCUGUCUGUUACCAGGCAAUCACGAAGAAGUUGAAAAUAUGUGAAGAGGAAACUGGCUCCACCUCCAUCCAGGCAGCUGACAGCACAGCCGUGAAUGGCAGCAUCACACCCACAGACAAAAAGAUAGGAUUUUUGGGCCUUGGUCUCAUGGGAAGUGGAAUCGUCUCCAACUUGCUAAAAAUGGGUCACACAGUGACUGUCUGGAACCGCACUGCAGAGAAAUGUGAUUUGUUCAUCCAGGAGGGGGCCCGUCUGGGAAGAACCCCCGCUGAAGUCGUCUCAACCUGCGACAUCACUUUCGCCUGCGUGUCGGAUCCCAAGGCGGCCAAGGACCUGGUGCUGGGCCCCAGUGGUGUGCUGCAAGGGAUCCGCCCUGGGAAGUGCUACGUGGACAUGUCAACAGUGGACGCUGACACCGUCACUGAGCUGGCCCAGGUGAUUGUGUCCAGGGGGGGGCGCUUUCUGGAAGCCCCCGUCUCAGGGAAUCAGCAGCUGUCUAAUGACGGGAUGUUGGUGAUCUUAGCGGCUGGAGACAGGGGCUUAUAUGAGGACUGCAGCAGCUGCUUCCAGGCGAUGGGGAAGACCUCCUUCUUCCUAGGUGAAGUGGGCAAUGCAGCCAAGAUGAUGCUGAUCGUGAACAUGGUCCAAGGGAGCUUCAUGGCCACUAUUGCCGAGGGGCUGACCCUGGCCCAGGUGACAGGCCAGUCCCAGCAGACACUCUUGGACAUCCUCAAUCAGGGACAGUUGGCCAGCAUCUUCCUGGACCAGAAGUGCCAAAAUAUCCUGCAAGGAAACUUUAAGCCUGAUUUCUACCUGAAAUACAUUCAGAAGGAUCUCCGCUUAGCCAUUGCGCUGGGUGAUGCGGUCAACCAUCCAACUCCCAUGGCAGCUGCAGCAAAUGAGGUGUACAAAAGAGCCAAGGCGCUGGACCAGUCCGACAACGAUAUGUCCGCCGUGUACCGAGCCUACAUACACUAAGCUGUCGACACCCCGCCCUCACCCCUCCAAUCCCCCCUCUGACCCCCUCUUCCUCACAUGGGGUCAGGGGCCUGGGACUUCAUUCUGGACCAGCCCACCUAUCUCCAUUUCCUUUUAUACAGACUUUGAGACUUGCCAUCAGCACAGCACACAGCAGCACCCUUCCCCUGAGGCCGGUGGGGAGGGGACAAGUGUCAGCAGGAUUGGCGUGUGGGAAAGCUCUUGAGCUGGGCACUGGCCCCCCGGACGAGGUGGCUGUGUGUACACACACACACACACACACACACACACACACACACACAGGCUCUCGCCCCAGGAUAGAAGCUGCCCAGAAACUGCUGCCUGGCUUUUUUUCUUCCGAGCUUGUCUUAUCUCAAACCCCUUCCAGUCAAGGAACUAGAAUCAGCAACGAGAGUUGGAAGCCUUCCCACAGCUUCCCCCAGAGCGAAGAGGCUGUAGUCAUGUCCACAUCCCCCACUGGAUUCCCUACAAGGAGAGGCCUUGGGCCCAGAUGAGCCAGUACAGACUCCAGACAGAGGGGCCCUUGGGGCCCUCCAACCUCAGGUGAUGAGCUGAGAAAGAUGUUCACGUCUAAGCGUCCAGUGUGCACCCAGCGCUCCAUAGACGCCUUUGUGAACUGAAAAGAGACUGGCAGAGUCCCGAGAAGAUGGGGCCCUGGCUUUCCAGGGAGUGCAGCAAGCAGCCGGCCUGCAGGUGAGCAUGGAGGCCCGGCCCUCACCGCCUCGAAGCCAUGCCCCAGAUGCCACUGCCACAGCGGGCGCUCGCUCCUCCCUAGGCUGUUUUAGUAUUUGGAUUUGCAUUCCAUCCCUUGGGAGGGGGUCCUCAGGGCCACUAGUGAUGAGCCAAGAGGAGUGGGGGUUGGGGGCGCUCCUUUCUGUUUCCGUUAGGCCACAGACUUCACCUGGCUCUGAAGAGCCACUCUUACCUCGGUCCCCUCCCAGUGGUCCCACCUUCUCCAGCCUGCCCUGCCAAGUCCCCUGCAUGCCCACCGCUCUCCAUCCUCCCUCCUCUCCCUCUUCCUUCCAUGGAGACAGUAUUUCUUUCUGUCUGUCCCUUUGGCCCAGACCCAGCCUGACCAACGAUGAGCAUUUCUUAGGCUCAGCUCUUGAUACGGAAACGAGUGUCUUCACUCCAGCCAGCAUCAUGGUCUUCGGUGCUUCCCGGGCCCGGGGUCUGUCGGGAGGGAAGAGAACUGGGCCUGACCUACCUGAACUGACUGGCCCUCCGAGGUGGGUCUGGGACAUCCUAGAGGCCCUACAUUUGUCCUUGGAUAGGGGACCGGGGGGGGCUUGGGAUGUUGCAAAAAAAAAAAAAGUUACCCAAGGGAUGUCAGUUUUUUAUCCCUCUGCAUGGGUUGGAUUUUCCAAAAUCAUAAUUUGCAGAAGGAAGGCCAGCAUUUAUGAUGCAAUAUGUAAUUAUAUAUAGGGUGGCCACACUAGGGCGGGGUCCUUCCCCCCUCACAGCUUUGGCCCCUUUCAGAGAUUAGAAACUGGGUUAGAGGAUUGCAGAAGACUAGUGGGGGGAGGGCAGGGAAGAUGCCUGUCGGGUUUUUAGCACAGUUCAUUUCACUGGGAUUUUGAAGCAUUUCUGUCUGAACACAAAGCCUGUUCUAGUCCUGGCGGAACACACUGGGGGUGGGGGCGGGGGAAGAUGCGGUAAUGAAACCGGUUAGUCAAUGUUGUCUUAAUAUUGUUGACAAUUCUGUAAAGUUCCUUUUUAUGAAUAUUUCUGUUUAAGCUAUUUCACCUUUCUUUUGAAAUCCUUCCCUUUUAAGGAGAAAAUGUGACACUUGUGAAAAAGCUUGUAAGAAAGCCCCUCCCUUUUUUCUUUAAACCUUUAAAUGACAAAUCUAGGUAAUUAAGGUUGUGAAUUUUUAUUUUUGCUUUGUUUUUAAUGAACAUUUGUCUUUCAGAAUAGGAUUGUGUGAUAAUGUUUAAAUGGGAAAAACAAAACAUGAUUUUGUGCAAUUAACAAAGCUACUGCAAGAAAAAUAAAACACUUCUUGGUAACACA